UCAAGAAGCGGCGCUCGCAGGUCAGACCUCGAACGGGACACAGUUUGGACGCAAAGGAGGCCACUAUUUAGCUGAUAGAAUGGGUGGCCCCAGCAGUCAAGGGGGUCAGCCUCUGGCUGGAGGCGGACCCACCUCGUUAUUUAUUUUAUCAGAGGACAACAUCAUUAGAAAAUACACACGAUUCAUAAUUGAAUGGCCUCCGUUCGAGUACGCUGUGCUGCUGACAAUCAUUGCCAAUUGCGUGGUAUUGGCUCUGGAGGAGCACUUACCUCAUGGAGACAAGACGAUACUUGCUCAGAAGCUGGAAAAAACGGAAGCAUAUUUUUUGGGCAUCUUUUGCGUCGAAGCAUCACUGAAGAUCCUCGCCUUAGGGUUUGUUAUGCACAAACACUCCUACCUCAGGAACAUAUGGAACAUAAUGGAUUUUUUCGUCGUAGUUACGGGUUCAAUGACUAUUUUUGCUGAGGCCAACGUUGAUGUUGAUUUGCGAAUGCUUCGAUCAUUUCGUGUUUUGCGGCCACUUAAGCUUGUUUCAAGGAUUCCAAGUUUACAAGUAGUCUUAAAAUCAAUCAUCAAAGCCAUGGCACCAUUGCUGCAGAUAGGAUUGUUGGUCUUGUUUGCAAUUGUUAUCUUUGCAAUCAUAGGCUUAGAAUUUUACUCCGGUGCGCUGCACAGGAGUUGUUAUAGCUUAGAGGAUAUCUCGCAAAUUGUGAAAGAGGGCGAAUUUCCUACGCCGUGUAAUGCAGAUAACGAUACGAUAGCACCGACCGGUGCGUACGUCUGCAACAGCAGCGACAGCACCUGCAUCGAGCAGUGGGAAGGGCCCAACUUUGGCAUCACUAGCUUCGAUAAUAUCGGUUUCGCCAUGUUAACCGUAUUUCAAUGCAUCACCAUGGAGGGCUGGACGGCGAUACUGUACUGGACGAACGAUGCGCUCGGUUCGACGUUUAAUUGGAUCUACUUCGUGCCGCUCAUCGUGCUGGGGUCCUUUUUCAUGCUUAAUCUAGUUCUCGGUGUGCUCAGCGGAGAGUUUUCCAACGAAAGAGGACGCGUUGAGCGACAGGCUCAAUUUCACAAGUGUCGCUCCAGGCAAAUGUUUGUCGAAGCAAUGACAUCCUAUCUCGACUGGAUUACUCAAGCAGAGGAAGUAAUCCUGGCCGAGGAGCGCACCACCGAGGAGGAACGGUUGCACAUUAUGGAAGCCCGGAGGCGCGCUGCUGCCAAGCGGAAAAAGCUGAAAAAUCUCGGCAAAUCCAAAUCUACCGACACCGAGGAGGACGAUCCGGAUGAUGAUUGUGGUGAUGACGGAUACCUUAAAGCCAAAGUGAAAACACAAGGGAAAUGCAAAGGGUUCUGGAGGGCGGAGAAGCGAUUCCGAUUCUGGAUUAGGCACACGGUGAAAACGCAGUGGUUCUACUGGUUCGUCAUAGUGCUGGUCUUUUUCAACACCGUCUGUGUGGCGGUCGAGCACUAUGGACAGCCGAACUGGUUAACACAGUUUUUGUAUUACGCGGAGUACGUGUUCCUCGGUCUGUUCAUGAUGGAGAUGUGGAUCAAGAUGUAUGCACUGGGGCCAAGAAUUUACUUCGAGUCAUCAUUCAACCGGUUCGAUUGUGUCGUCAUCAGUGGAUCGAUAUUCGAAGUGGUGUGGUCGGAGGUGAAGGGAGGAUCGUUCGGUUUGUCUGUGCUGAGAGCAUUACGCUUGCUGCGAAUAUUUAAGGUCACCAAAUACUGGUCCUCGCUCCGUAAUCUUGUCAUCUCGCUGCUCAAUUCAAUGAGAUCCAUCAUUUCGUUGCUGUUCUUGUUGUUCCUGUUCAUACUGAUCUUUGCGCUGCUCGGUAUGCAGCUGUUUGGUGGUCAGUUCAACCUGCCCGACGGUACACCGCCAACGAACUUCAACACGUUUCCGAUCGCACUGCUGACCGUGUUCCAGAUUCUCACUGGGGAAGAUUGGAAUGAAGUCAUGUACCAGGGCAUUGAGUCGCAGGGCGGUCACAAGAAGGGCAUGAUCUACUCGCUGUACUUCAUCAUUCUGGUGCUGUUCGGUAACUACACACUGCUGAACGUAUUCUUGGCUAUCGCUGUCGACAAUUUGGCCAACGCGCAGGAGUUAACCGCUGCCGAGGAGGAGCAGCUGGAGGAGAACAAGGAAAAACAGCAGAUGGAGCUGGACAAGGAAAUGGAGGCGCUGCAGAUGCAAACGGACGGAUCGCCGCCACGAGUGGAAGUGUCGUCUCCAUCGCCCACUAGAGGCAAUGGUAGCGGUGGUAGCACAAAAGGCAAGAAAAAGGAGGAAGACAAGGAGGAGGACGACGAUGAGAUACCGGAUGGGCCAAAACCGAUGCUGCCAUACUCAUCCAUGUUUGUGCUAUCUCCAACUAACCCUAUACGUUGUGCAGCCCAUUGGGUAGUAAACCUACGGUACUUUGACUUUUUCAUUAUGGUCGUUAUCUCACUGUCAUCGAUCGCACUAGCCGCCGAGGAUCCCGUCGAGGAAGACUCACCCCGCAACAAAAUACUCAACUUCUUCGAUUACGCCUUUACCGGCGUGUUUACGAUCGAGAUGUUGCUCAAGAUCGUCGAUCUCGGCGUUAUACUGCACCCGGGCAGCUACUUGCGCGAGUUCUGGAACAUCAUGGACGCCGUGGUCGUUAUCUGUGCUGCCGUCAGCUUCGGCUUUGACAUGACCGGCAGCAGUGCCGGUCAGAACCUUUCCACAAUCAAAUCGUUACGGGUGUUGCGCGUGCUGCGUCCGCUGAAAACAAUCAAACGUGUGCCAAAGCUGAAGGCAGUGUUUGAUUGCGUGGUCAACUCGCUCAAGAACGUCAUCAACAUCCUGAUCGUUUACAUACUGUUCCAGUUCAUCUUUGCCGUCAUUGCGGUCCAGCUGUUCAAUGGGAAAUUUUUCUACUGCACCGACGACAGCAAACAUACGAGCGAAGAGUGCAAGGGGCACUUUUUCGUGUACGAUGGUGCUGAUCAACUGCCACGAAGAGAACCAAGGGAGUGGAAGACACAAAGCUUUCACUACGACAAUGUGGCAACCGCCAUGUUGACACUGUUCGCCGUACAAACGGGCGAAGGCUGGCCUCAAGUGCUCCAAAACUCGAUGGCCGCUACCUACGAAGACAAGGGUCCAAUCCAAAACUUUCGAAUAGAAAUGUCCAUAUUCUACAUAGUGUACUUCAUAGUGUUUCCAUUCUUCUUUGUUAACAUAUUCGUGGCCUUGAUUAUCAUUACAUUCCAAGAGCAAGGUGAAGCGGAACUACAGGACGGUGAGAUAGAUAAAAAUCAGAAAUCGUGCAUAGACUUUACGAUAGGUGCUAGGCCUCUGGAGCGUUACAUGCCAAACAAGCGGAAUAGUUUUAAAUACAAGGUGUGGCGCAUCGUCGUCUCGACGCCAUUCGAGUACUUUAUAAUGAUGCUGAUCGUGUUCAAUACGUUACUGCUGAUGAUGAAGUAUCACAAUCAAGGAAAAGAGUUUGAGAAAUCGUUAAAAUAUCUCAACAUGGGAUUUACCGGGAUGUUUAGUGUUGAAACGAUACUGAAAAUAAUAGGAUUUGGCGUAAAGAAUUUUUUCAAGGACCCUUGGAAUAUAUUCGAUUUUAUAACAGUAAUCGGAAGUAUUAUCGACGCUUUAGUUCUAGAAUUAGGGGAAAACUCCUUCAACGUUGGAUUCCUAAGACUGUUUCGUGCUGCACGAUUAAUCAAACUACUGCGACAAGGUUAUACAAUACGUAUAUUACUUUGGACAUUUGUUCAAUCAUUCAAAGCACUGCCAUAUGUCUGUUUGCUGAUUGCCAUGCUAUUUUUUAUCUACGCAAUUAUUGGCAUGCAGGUAUUUGGGAAUAUUGAGCUAGAUCCAGAAUCAUCUAUUACUAGACACAACAACUUCCGCUCAUUUGUCCAAGGGCUGAUGCUACUGUUCAGGUGUGCUACGGGCGAGUCGUGGCCGAACAUUAUGCUGGCAUGUCUCAAAGGGAGACCGUGUGACCCGAGAGCUAACAAACCGAACGAAACGUGCGGUUCGACAUUGGCCUACGCAUACUUCGUGUCAUUUAUCUUCUUCUGUUCGUUUCUUAUGUUGAAUCUUUUCGUGGCCGUUAUUAUGGAUAACUUUGACUAUCUAACGCGUGAUUCCAGUAUUCUUGGCGCACAUCAUCUGGACGAGUUCGUUCGGAUAUGGGCUGAAUAUGAUCCUAAUGCUACGGGUAAAAUUCACUACACUGAAAUGUAUGAUAUGUUAAAAAACAUGGAUCCUCCCUUGGGAUUUGGUAACAAAUGUCCCAACCGACUCGCCUACAAAAAGCUCAUACGCAUGAACAUGCCGCUCGAUGCAGAGGGAAAGGUCGCAUUCACCACGACAUUGUUUGCAUUGAUACGCGAGAACCUCAACAUCAAAAUGAGAACUGCCGAAGAGAUGGAUCAAGCAGACAUGGAACUGCGGCACACAAUCAGCCACAUCUGGCCACUGCAGGCGAAAAAAAUGCUCGACCUGCUCGUCCCGCUCAACGAGGAGCUGAACACGGGCAAGCUUACCGUGGGGAAGAUAUACGCCGGUUUGCUGAUUUUGGAGUCCUGGCGCAAUACCAAGUUUGGCCAGGUCGAAUCGGAUCUGCCGGUAAGUGAGCUGCAGGACGUAUCGAGGCAACCGUCCCUUGAGUCGCUGGCGCCUGCGGAUGGACAUCUGCAUCCAGGGCACGCUUAUCAUAAUGGACAUCGUAGGUCUCCGAGUCUGAGACGGGAGUCUCCGCUGGUGCGCACACCGAGUCCGCGGAAGCGGCAACAUCAGCACGAGAUCGGAUUCUCCGACACCGUGUCGAAUGUGGUGGAGAUACAAAAGGAGGAACACAGACGUGGUAGGCAUCAUUUCGGCUAUGCGCACAGGCACAACCGAGGUUCCUGGUCGGCCUCAACCAGCCCUGCCCGUUCGCCAUCGCCCAGUCGUUUCGGUGUACAUAGUAGUGCCCAGCAUCGCAGUAGUAAAGACCGUUCCAAAAACCACCUUGUUCAUCAACCGUACGAUACGACGAUCCUCUGCGAACGAUCGCGUUCGCCCAGCCCGGCCCAGCUACUGCAAGAGCUGCGUGACCGGGACCAGGCCCGGCGGAAGUAUCGCAACGGAAUGGGGUCUCAUGUGCAGCACAGUUAUCCUGUACUUGUGACACGUCGCCAGGGUCAUGGACGCCGGUUACCGCCCACUCCUUGUAAACCCUCGACGCUGCAGCUGAAGCAAACGAACAUUAACUUCCCCAAGCUGAAUGCUAGCCCUACACACACUGGCCAUUCGUCUCACAACACGCCCCACAGCGUCCACUCUCUGCCCCAGUCGCGUGAGUUCCUCCGGGAGCCCAGGGAACGGGACCGUGACCGGGAUCGGGAUCUGUACUAUCGGGAACGUGACCGGGAACGGGAUCGCGAACGGUUCCGCAACAGUCGCGAACGCAGCCACGAAGAUUACAGUGUUCGGUACGAGUUUCGUGAUCGCGAGCGCGAACUUUACGAGCGUGAACGGGAGAUCGAGCGCGAGUUUGAGCGCGAGUACGAGAGAAUGGAACACUCGGUACCCUUGUCGUACGAGCAGGCCCUAGCCAUGGGUCGGACCGGUGGCCGGGUACUGCCGUCGCCCAUUUUGAACGGCUACAAACCAAAGGGAGCGCUGCAUUCUAGACAUUCCGAUUCGGAUGACGAGGACUGGUGCUAG